AAUCAACCUCUCUGAUACCAGAGCCACACCAGCCGGCGCUCCAGCGGCCUGUCCGACAACCUCAUCACACACAUAUUCGACCCUGAUGAGGCCUUGCGCCCUGUGCCUAUGCCGUCUGGCCCCCUCCAGGUAAUCCACGGCCGGUAGUACCCUCCCCAUGUGUCGCAGCCAUGCCAUCCGUCAGGGACGUGAGGCGGGCUCUGACCCACGUGAGGGCAGCCAUGCCUCGCGCGAAACAGGUCUUGAACAAAGGUCGCAGCAUCCGUCUAGGCCUGGAGCGUAUCACGCGUGUCGUCCCGGAGGAGCAGAGCUGGGCCGGCGUCCAUGUUGGCGGCACCAAUGGCAAAGGAUCCAUCUGCGCCCUGCUGGCCGGCAUGUUCAAGCUCGCAGGCAUCAGCCACGGCGCCUUCAUAUCCCCCGCCAUGCCGGAAAGACACAACGGCAUCAUGAUCAACGAUCGGUAUGUGAACAAGCGCAUGUACGAGUUGGAGCGUCAGCAUGUCGAGGACGCCUUUCGCCGCGUCGCCACGCGCUGGGCAUUUUCGUUGGGCGAGGACGCCGGGGACUUGACGCCCUUUGAGCUCGACACUGCCACAGCCUUUCGUGUCUUUGACAAGAUGCACGUCAAGUACGGCAUCGUUGAAGUGGGGAUGGGUGGUGCCACGGAUGCCACCAACGCCAUGAGGCAAAAGUCUGUCACGGUCAUCUCCAAGAUCGACCUCGACCAUCGGGAAUAUUUGGGCGACACCAUUGAAGAAAUCGCCAAGGUCAAAGCCGGCAUCAUGAAAAUGGGCGUUCCGUGUAUCGUGGACGACUCGAAUACUGAUUCGGUAAUAAAGGUCUUGGGAGCGCAUGCGGUCAGUAUAGGAACGCAGAUAAGCGUUUCGUCAAACGCCCUGCCGCUGAUCGAAGAACUGGACUUGGAAAAGUUCAAACUGGAGGAUUAUGAGCUGCAAAACCUGUUGAGUGCGAGGCUGGCUUUCAGGCAUCUGUUUCCCCACCUCGACGUUGACGUCAACAAGCUGCUGUCCAUGAAGCCAUACCUGCCCGGAAGGAAGGAAUACGUUGGUGUGUCCGGGUUCACGGACGGUCUGCGCCAAACGUCUAUUCUCGUGGACGGUGCGCACAACAUGCUCGGAGUCGAAGCUCUGGCAAAGUAUGUCGAGACAAGAGUGCGAACGAACGACGAGCCAAUCACUUGGGUCAUGGGGUUGUCCGCCAGCGAGUCAAAGCCCUUUGCGGAAAUGAUUGAGGCUCUCCUGAGGCCCCAAGACAACGUCGCGUUUGUCGAAUACACUCAAGGUCCAACCGACCCCCCGGCUGUACCGGCUGAGCUAGGAAGUGGUGUCGCGAAAGUAGCUCUCAAAGACGAAUCACAGCUCUAUGACGGCGAGCCCGACAUUGCCUCUGCCGUCCAGUGGGCAUGCAGCAAAGCGGGCGAGGGACCGGUCAUCGUGACGGGUAGUCUGUACCUGGUUCGGGACCUUUACCAGCUCGACGGCAUCGAGCGGCAGAUAAAAAUUGGUACGAGACGACCUGGUCGUAGCCAGCUGUGGCACUAUACUCAACUGUCGCAGCAGAGAGCCCUGACCGCCGAGGAGGAGCAAGAAUAUAAAAAGGCAAGACGGCACUGGCGUCUGUCGCCACUACGAAACCCAGCAUUCAGAACAACGCAAGAGGAAGGGCCACCGCAGCGUCCCAUUGUGUCAGAUCGGGUGCGCGAGCUCCAGCGAACUGCAGCACACCACAAGAAGCAGGUGGACGGGUAUCGAGCCGCCAUUGCCAGUAUUGAAAACGAUUCGAAUGAGGGAAAGGUUGCUGGGGCGAGCUCAUCUGAUCUGAGUGCGGUCGUCGACGACCUGAAGAGGCGGCAUGCGGAACAUAACAAGACAUACAACAGCACAAUGUUCAAACUCCGUGGUUACGUUGCCAAUCCGGAUCAGAAACAUAUGAGUCACGAAAAGAUAUACGGACGACCAGAAAAGCGCAGAGGGAGAAUAGCAACAAUUCUUGCACAGUUUGAAGAGGACGAACCCCAGGAGCAAGAGCACAUGGCAGCGACCCCAUCCUCAGGCACAGCGAUUAAGAGUAAGAUACUGCAACCAUCUCGUAACGUCCUGGGCAAGAACUAAGGGGGGCUUCAACGAGAAGGCCAAACCAAAAAGCCAGCCAAGCGCUCAGAGUACGACAACGGGGCGUCUUCCGGCGACAAGGCGGCGGCGGAUCGGCGGUGAGGAUACCAAGCGCCCGUGGACAGGACAAGUCAGCGGGCUGUGUAAUCGAUUAUAGCACUACUCUGAGGGAAACGGGAGGAACACGGUCGAGAAUGCAUCUGCAGAUAUCAUACACUGUAUGAAGUACGUUGGAUAAAGCAAGCUCAAAAGACGCAUUUCUCCCAAGCGUAAAUAGCCAUAGGCGGCGUUGUAGAUGGUUUCAUGCUUGUGGACUGAUCGACUCCUCGGUAACAACGGGUGGUC